UUCUCUCUCUUCUUAUUCGUGUGCCUUUAAAAUGAGCCCUUUUCCUUUCAUGCGCUUUUCUUUCCCUCCCCCAACCCACUGUUCUCUUAUUUCCUUUCUCUGCAGUUCUAAUUCCCCUUCAAUGGCGGGAACCCUAAUCCCAUCUUCAAACAAACUAGUUCAGCACACGGAAGAAACACUAACUCAGCCUCCUCCCAAUACCCUAGAUUUUCCAAUCCCCCUGACCAGGCAUCCCCCUCCCAUCUCGAAGCAGGUCGAGCUUGACAGGGCCAUGGCUGCCUCUGCGAAAUCAGGGUUUUCCAUUACCAAGAGCGAUGUUAUCUACGAAGACCAGUGGCUUAUUGCCAUUAACAAGCCCUCUGGAGUUUACUGUGAUCACGUUCUGGCUUCGAUUCCUAGACUUCUUGGUGUUUCUCCAGAAUCAUCUGGAGCUGAAAAUCCUUUGGAACUCCAUCUGGGCAACAGGCUUGAUAGGGAUACAAGUGGUGUGAUGCUCAUAACGAAACUGCAUAAAGUAGCAGGGAAAUUAGUACAGGCAUUUACCGAACACAGAGUCAAGAAGACAUAUAUUGCUCUUUGCAUAGGAUUGGCUCCUCAAUGGGAGGAAAUCGCCCUUAAAUCAGGCCAUGGGAGAUCAAAAUUUGGUGCUUGGCGUGUCUAUUCCGCAUCAGACAUUGGGCGCACGCUCCCGGGAGGAUCAGUAGUGAGAGAAAUGGUAACUUCAUUUAAAGUACUCUCAGUAAAUGGACUUAGCAGUGAAAAUAUUGAUUUCAUUGAGAAAAGAAAUGAAAUGUUGAUUGUUAGAGAUGAAGGAUCAAAAAUUAGUUCUACCCAUGAUGCAAAAGAUGAGAUUUUGAUUAGGGCUUAUCCCCAAAGUGGGAGGACGCAUCAAAUACGAUUGCAUUGUCAGUAUCUUGGGAUCCCAUUGAGAGGGGAUGUGAAGUAUGAAGGUCCCCAUGAAUGGAAGGAGAAAACAUAUGAUUAUCAUGCACUUCAUGCUGAGAAUCUGUCAUUCGAUCACCCUGUUACAGGUUCUUUAAUGGAAUUUCAUGCACCUCUUCCUUCAUGGGCAAGAGAAGCUUUGUCAUGCACCAAGGGCUGAUAAAGUUGCACCCUGAUUUAAUUGAUGGAAAAGUAUUUGGUAAUUCGACUAAUUCAUGUGUCAGCCUUGUUUUUCACAGGAUAUAUGAUAUAAAAGGUUGCGGUUUAUGUAAGGUGGCAACCUUACUUGUAAAAAGAAAGUUGCGAUAUUCUACAUUGUCCAUUUUAGUUGGAUAGUGCAUAUUAUGUACAUUUUAUUGUAAAAAAAUGGCAUGCCUUUUAAGAUAGUGUUGAA